AUGCUUCGCAUCAACCAUCUCGUCACCGUCACCUUCGUGGCCGUUCUCGCCACGGCCGUAGUCGCCUCUGCCAUCUUCAGCGACGACGUUACGAUGCGUCGCGACGACGGGCCUGCUCCUUCGCCUGAACAGCUUCUCGCCACCUGCCCCGGCGGCUCGAUCCACAAUGCGGACAAGUGCACCUUUGAACCUGACGGUACCACCUCCAAGGUGUACCAGUGGCUCGUAAGCAAUGCUGGCGAGAACUGCGACCCCGACGCCAAGACGGACCUGAAGAUCACGCUCAAGAUCUCGCAGAGCUCCAGGGACGCAUACAGCGACGGCGUCACCGUUGGCACGGGUAUCGCGGAGGAAGGAGUCGGCAUCAAGAUCGAGAACACCGCCAUGUACGAGAAAGGCGUCACCGUCUCGCACGACGAGCUCUACACUGCGCAGGUGGAGCCGCACUCGAGCAAGGCACUGGUAGCGCAGACGGGCUACACGCGCCACAAUGGCAGGAUCUGCGUCAACUACGGCAACAAGGUAGGAGGCCACUACAUCUGGUACGUCAAAGCCAGCAACGAUGUCCCCGACAGGAACGACGUGGUCCGCACGACUAUCCCGCUCAGAUGCGGGCAGACGCCCGACAGCGUGAUUCAGGAAUGGAACCAUGAUCCCGCCCAGAGGAGGCUCCACUAUUAG